GCUGCCCAAACAGUCGCCAGUAUUAUCAUUUGUACUCACAUCCUUACUGGAAUCGAACCUUAAAAUAUUUAAACCAUUAACUUCGGAAAUUUUGAUAUUAGUUGCAACAAUGUUUCGGUCUUGUGUAUCCGAGGCGAUCAUAUCGAGUCGCUGUUUUACGCGAAUGUAUUCAAAGGAUGUGCGCUUUGGACCCGGAGUCCGUGCACUGAUGAUCCGGGGAGUGGAUGUCCUUGCAGAUGCGGUGGCCGUGACAAUGGGUCCCAAGGGACGCAGUGUGAUCGUGGAGCGUCCCUGGACCUCACCGAAGAUUACCAAGGAUGGCUUUACGGUGGCUCGGUCUAUUGCCUUGAAGGACCAGCAUAUGAACCUGGGCGCUAAGUUGGUUCAGGAUGUAGCCGACAAUACAAAUGAGUCUGCUGGAGAUGGCACUACCACAGCCACUGUUUUGGCUCGAGCAAUUGCCAAAGAGGGCUUUAAUCAGAUCACCAUGGGUGCCAAUCCCGUGGAGAUUCGUCGCGGAGUUAUGAUGGCCGUGGAUGUUGUAAAGGAGAAACUGAAAGAGAUGUCCAGGGCGGUGGAGACCCGCGAGGAGAUUCAGCAAGUGGCCACCAUAUCGGCUAAUGGUGAUACCGAAAUAGGUCGCCUCAUUGGCGAGGCCACCGACAAAGUGGGUCCCAAGGGAACUAUUACUGUAAAGGAGGGAAAACGUCUCAAGGACGAGCUAAAUAUUAUCCAGGGUUUGCGCUUCGACAAUGGCUAUGUCUCGCCCUUCUUCGUGAAUAGCUCUAAAGGUUCCAAAGUGGAGUUUGCCAACGCCUUUGUGAUGAUCUCACUGAAGAAGAUCACCGGACUCUCGGAGAUUGUGAAAGGUCUAGAGCAAUCGCUGCGGCAGCGACGUCCUUUGAUCAUCAUAGCAGAGGACAUUAGUGGCGAGGCCUUGAAUGCUUUGGUUCUGAACAAGCUACGACUGGGUCUACAGGUUUGUGCAGUCAAGUCGCCCAGCUAUGGACACCAUCGCAAGGAGCUCAUUGGCGAUAUAUCCGCCGCCACGGGAGCUACUAUUUUCGGAGAUGACAUCAACUACUCCAAGUUGGAGGACGCUAAGCCGGGGGAUCUGGGUCAGGUGGGCGAGGCUGUGAUUAGUAAAGAUAGCACAAUGUUGCUGCAGGGCAAACCCAAGCCAGGACUUCUGGAAAUGCGCAUCGAACAGAUCAAGGACGAACUGGCAGAUAAGCAAACCAAGCCGGAGCAGCGGGAUCGUCUGCGACAACGCCUUUCCGCCCUAACGAAGGGCGUGGCUGUACUCCACAUUGGCGGAGGCAGUGAAGUCGAAGUGGGUGAGAAAAAGGAUCGCGUGGUGGACGCUUUGAAUGCCACACGGGCUGCCAUCGAGGAGGGAAUUGUGCCGGGUGGCGGUACCGCCUUCCUGCGCUGCAUUCCCCAUCUCCAGAAACUAAAGAUGGAUAGUCCGGAUCUCCAGAAGGGCGUCGACAUCAUCUGCAAUGCCUUGAGAAUGCCCUGCCACACGAUUGCACAGAACGCAGGAGUGGACGGCGCUAUGGUGGUGGCCAAGGUUCUGGAUGGCUCAGGAGAUUUCGGUUACGACGCCAUGGGCGAUGAGUACUGUCGGCUGGUGGAGAAGGGCAUCAUCGAUCCCACCAAGGUGGUGCGGACUGCCAUCACGGACGCAGCUGGAGUGGCCUCGCUUUUGAGCACCACGGAGGUGGUGAUUACGGACUCUAGGAAUGAUGAUCUUCUGGCCAAGCUGGCCGGAGCCGGCGGAGGAAUGGAUGACGGGCUGGACAUGAAUAUGGGUGGAUUGGAUGAACUGGCAGCCCUAAGUGGAUUGGCGGAAAUGGGUGGCAUGGGAGGAAUGGGGGGUAUGGGUGGUUUCGGGGGCAUGGGAGGAAUGGGUGGUGGAUUCGGUGGCAUGGGAGGAAUGGGUGGUGGUGGCAUGAGCGCGUCCCCCAGCGAUGGACCCACUGCCGAGGAGAUGAACGAGAUGGUCAAGUCUAUUCCCGGCAUGGAGAAGGUGGAGGUGCGGGACAUUGAUAGUGGAAUGAUGUAGUUCACAUCCCCUAAUAUUUGCAUCCAUUUACUUUCCAAUCAUCUCUCAAAACUGUGUUUGGUGAGAUUUAAAUUUUAUGUGUUCUGGACAAAAUUAAUUUCCUUCUCAAAUAUAAAUUGUCAGUUCUGUGUUCGAAGAUAAAAACUGAGCUAGAAUGCGAGUAUUUUAACAAUUGGGGAA